AAUGUAAACAUAUGGAAUGAUCCAGCAAAGGCCGCCGUAGAAGAUGCCAUGUAUAGAGCCAUUGAAUGGAGGAAAAUGAUGAUAUCAGAACUACCUCCACAUGAUCAUUUAAUGAUUUUCACGGGGAGAGACCUUUACACCAAAAUAUCACGUGAUUAUUCUGUUACUGGAUUUGCCAGUCUCGAUUCGGUGUGUAGACAAGAUAGUGUUUCCAUAAUAGAAGACAGAGGCGGAUUCGAUUGUAUAAUAACAGCAACUCAUGAAUUAGGUCAUAGUCUGGGAGCUAGACAUGACGGGGAUAGAAAUAUCUGUACUCCACAAAACAAGUUUAUCAUGACAUCGAUUGGUGGAGGGGAUGUAACAAAGCAAACCGUAUUGAACCCAUUUCGUUUUUCUGAAUGCUCAAAGAGUUAUUUUCUAGACAGAUUGCAGACAUUAAACAACCAGGGACACAACUGUCUAUCUGUGCGAAAAUCCUAUUACGAUCCAAGAGAGUUUGCAGGGUUAACAAGUGUAGCAACUGGUCAGUUAUUCAGCCCGAACAAGCAAUGCCAAAUGAAACUUGGCGAUGACUCUUUCUAUGGAUGGGGAGGCAAUCUUGGAUCAUUCAAAGAUGUAUGCACACAUAUGGCGUGUAAAAGUAACAAAUCGUCAACCAGUUAUAAUCUGUACAAUGCAGCAAGGGGAACGUCAUGCGGGAAUAAAAAGUGGUGUAUUAAUGGUGAAUGUACUUACGACCAAAAAGCUCCGGCAAAAGACGAUGCAUGUAUACACGGAGAUUCCUUACGGUCCUUUGCGGCCUACUAUUCGUGUGCCAAUAUGAUUUCUUCUGAUCCAUCUAAAUGUACGGAUAGAUAUUAUCGACAAUUUUGCUGUGAGUCAUGUAAACAAUAUGGGUUGAAUACAUUUACCCUGCCUGGAGUAAAUACAAGACGAACGGCACCAAAUGUUAUGUCUAUUCCUAUAACACAGCACAUGCAACGUGUUUUACCAAAUACCUUUUCCGUGAGAGGGCGUCAAGAUGGAUUCGGAAGACCAAGGGGUUCAAGUCAUCACGUGUUUUCAGCUUCUCCGGUCAAUAGAAAUUUUAACUCUGUAAAUCAAAUACCCAGGAAUCGUGGAAACACCAAUGAUAAAUUUAGAAUAUUUUCCAGACAUAACAACAUGCAUAGUGGUAUAUCAGGUCAAACUUCAAAUCAUCAUACAGCUCCGCAACAUCAUCAGCAACAAUAUGACCAGAAUCAUUUCCUAUCUGAUUCUAACAGAUAUGGCCUCAAAACCGAUUCUAACCAAUUUGGACAACGUACCGAUUCUAAUCAAUUUGCACUCCGUACCGAUUCUAACCAACUUGGACUCCAGACCGAUUCUAAUAAAUUUGGACAUCAGUCAGAUUCUAAUAAAUUUGGUAUGCAAACAUCUAGAACAGAUCCAUCUAUCUCUUUACCUGACCAUCAACGUCUCAGUGCUUUGCAGUCAUCAUUUUCUUCUAUGAAUCCUGGUGAUUUGUCAUCUUUCAGAAAUUUAAUUAUGCGAACAUUACAUCUCCUGGCGAGAACUGAUGGCUCACAGUAUAAUCAGUAUAACCAGGUGCCUUCACAUAACCAUGAUAAUUCAUAUAUGCAAGGUACACAUCAUGAUCAUAUAAAUCCAUCAAAUGGAUUUUUCAAUAUGCGAGAAGUUCCGCGAGUGGUUGUUGAAGAAGUAACUAUUGAUACAAACGACUCUAUCUCCAUAGAAACAAACAGUACUUCUAAUAUGACGGUUAGUUCUAACACGACCGUCGAAACAGAACCAUUAUCUUUUUCAAAAUCGCAACUAGAGGAGGAACUGCGAAAUUUUAAUUUGAACAUUGCUCUGCCAAAAACUGAAGCAAAAUCUACCUCGAAAAAAAUUCUUAAUACCAAAUCUCAUAAAGAUAAAACGCUUUCAAACAGUUUAUUAGAUAACAUUAUAGACCCGUUCCUUAAGUGAAAAUGUAAAACACUGAAGGGUGAAAAUACUAAAAGAUAAUGCUACCUUCUCGAAGACGAUCGACAACCCAGUCGAAGCAAUCAUUCCGAUUGGUUGCCAUAACAACGAUAGACCAGUCCGUGUUACAAGUGCACGAAGUCAAGGUUAAGUGAAAGGUCGAUAAUAAGACAAUCAGUUACUAGAAAGGAAAAGAAAUUCCAGUGAUAACAUGAAUUUUCUAGCCAUUGACUAUAAAUUGGUGAUUUUGUUCUGAAAACAUUUUAGAACUUUACUGAAAUAAAUAUGAAAUAUGAUGACGUUAUUUCUAUCACCAUGUUCCAUCAGAAGUUGAGAAAAGUGCCACAUGAAUUAUCAAAAUAUUUAAAUUGAGUGCGAAAUAACAUUCUACAUGUGGCUAUCACUGCAAUUUCCAGAAAGAUCGAAGUAAGACAAAAUUGAAAAUGUCAUCUGGCAACCAACAGCGGUUUAGCGUUUUGUUUAAUCUUAAAUGUCUGUGAUUUCUAUUUAUUAAAACUUUCUCUUUGUUAUUCUAAUUAUGUUACAUUUUUGUAUAUUUCUAUUAAAUUUGUUACUGUU